CAUUUUUAUUUUGAAAAUGGACCCAUUUGAAAAAACACACGGUUAGAAAGUACCGUUUUAGAAAAAUAGUAUAAAGUUUAACGCCGUUUUAACGUCGUUUUAAUGGUCGUUAGUCGGGAAACUGAACUGGGCAUUAUUUUCUAUUAAUGAGUACUAUCUUGAAAAUUAGUUAAUUAUGAAGACUAAUUUUAAAAAAAAUAUAAUUAUUGAGUACCAUUUUGAUUAUUUACUUUUUUUUUGUCUCAUUUAUCAUGGAGUUUGUUCCCUUGUUGUAAACUCGAAGGAAGUUUCUUGUUCCUUCGUGAGAAGUCUUGGAGUGCGGUAUCUCCGAGCAAAGGUGUUGAGGCUCGUGUGACUCGGGUUCUCAAGUUGUAUCGACUUUUAGUGUGAGAUCUUGGUUUUCUAAAGCCUCAUCUUCUUCGCAACAGCCUCUGCGUCAUCUUCUACGCGGCAGUCGGCACCGUCUUCACCGCAGACGGCUUCAAAUUAUCAACCCUCAUCAUCUUCUGCCUUCAUCCUCAUCGCAUGUGCCUUCAACACCAACUAGCAGUGUCUACAGUGCGGAGACGCCGGCCAACAGCGGAGCAGAAGCAGUUUAUUGGGCGGUUUCCAUCACAGCUAACACAAACAGUCGGUCAAAAUAGCUAACUCAAUCAGCCAUUGAAACCAGCCAACGUAAACAACCAAAAUCCCGUUUCCAAACAAGGCCCUAGACCGAGAAAUCGCUUAGAGUGAGUGGAAAGAGAAAAUGAGGGAGCCAGUGACCGACACUAGCUCCGCCACAUCUCCUCCGCCCCAGGCCCUGCUUGAGAGGCUCAAAGACUAUGGCCAGGAAGACGCUUUUUCCCUUUGGGAUGAGCUCUCCCCCGACGAACGCGACCUUCUCGUCAAGGACAUUGAGAAUAUAGAUCUCCCAAGGAUUGAUAGGAUUAUACGCUGCUCCUUUCGCUUUCAAGGUCUUCCGGCAUCAGCAAUUGAGCCAGUGCCAGACAGCUAUGUGUCCACUGUGGAGGAUCGGACAAUGGAAGAUAGAGAUAGAUGGUGGAAUAUUGGUAUGAAGGCCAUUGCUGAAGGAAAACUAGCUGUGUUGCUCCUGUCUGGUGGGCAGGGAACACGACUAGGAAGUUCAGAUCCAAAAGGAUGUUUUAAUAUUGGACUUCCGUCUGGGAAAUCACUUUUCCAGAUCCAAGCUGAGCGAAUUUUGCGUGUGCAAAGAUUAGCAGCUAGAACAGCAAAUGAAGGUGCUGGCAUUGUUCCAAUCCACUGGUACAUCAUGACUAGUCCAUUCACAGAUGAGCCCACACGGAAAUUUUUUGAAUAUUAUAAAUAUUUUGGCCUCAAUGAAGAUCAAGUUACAUUCUUCAAACAGGGAACAAUUCCAUGUGUCUCAAAGGAUGGACGAUUUAUAAUGGAGACUCCAUAUAGAGUAGCCAAGUCUCCUGAUGGGAAUGGAGGAGUUUAUACUGCAUUGAAGUAUGAGAAGUUAUUGGAAGAUAUGUCAAUGAGAGGCAUUAAAUAUAUAGAUUGUUAUGGAGUUGACAAUGCUUUGGUCCGAGUUGCAGAUCCAACCUUUUUGGGUUAUUUCAUUGAUAAGGGUGUGUCUGCUGCUGCAAAAGUUGUCAGAAAGGCAUACCCACAAGAAAAGGUUGGUGUGUUUGUACAACGAGGCAAAGGUGGGCCUCUCUCCGUGGUUGAAUAUAGUGAACUGGAACCAGAAUUGUCAAGUGCAACCAACCAGGAAACUGGUCGUCUUCGUUUUUGUUGGAGUAAUGUUUGCUUGCACAUGUUCACUUUGGAUUUCCUGAAUCAAGUAGCAAAUGGCCUUGAGAAAGACAGCAUCUAUCAUCUCGCUGAGAAGAAAAUAGCUUCAAUCCAUGGGCAUACAAUGGGCUUCAAACUAGAACAGUUCAUAUUUGAUGCAUUUCCUUAUACUCCUUCAACAGCACUCUUUGAGGUACUGAGGGAAGAAGAAUUUGCUCCUGUGAAAAAUGCAAAUGGGACCAACUUUGACACUCCGGAUAGUGCCAGACUGCUUGUUCUACGCCUCCAUACACGUUGGGUGGUAGCGGCUGGUGGCUUUCUAACCCAUUCAGUGCCUUUAUAUGCAACUGGGGUUGAAGUUUCACCACUGUGUUCAUAUGCUGGAGAAAAUUUGGAAGCCCUUUGCCGCGGAAGAACAUUCCACGCUCCUUGUGAAAUCUCGUUUUAGAUUUUGUUUAACGACACAUUUUGAACCAAUCAGUCGGGUUUUGAAGACAUUCUUUCCCUUUGCUCUUCAUUUUCAUUCCGUUCGUUUUGGGUUGUAUUUGGUGUAAAUGUGAAUACAUUUGGUUCAAAUUGUUCCAAAAUUAUAUACUAGAGUUGGCAAACUACACAACUAGAUAUACCAUACUCUAGGUAUAUCCGACCAACACUCAUUUAAGAGUAACACAACGUUCAUUUCGCAUUUUUUAGAUCUACAUUAGUCAAAUGUUCAUUUGUGAGAAAUAUAAUACUUAUUUUCACACAUUGGAAAAUAUAUGUAUACGCGCUUAAAAAAUACAUGAUGUUCAUUACAAUUAUACAAAAUUUAAAUUUACUAAACUUAGCACUCAUUU